GAGCGAAGGGCUCAUGUACGAAAAGGCACUGAGGCUGUGGAAGGCGAAGUGGAGAUGGAUGAGGGUGGAGAAGGGUGGGUUAAUAUGGGCUCUGUAAAGGCUACUGCAAAGAAAGAUCCUUCAAUGGUGUCACGCUUUCACUUUGUGCGAGAGCAUACUCUGCAUGGCACUGUCACUGGCAUGGAGAGCAUGCGCAUUAUGUCAACUUAUGACGACCAACUAGAUCGUCUAUUAGUGUCCUUCAAGGACACCAAGAUAGCUCUUCUUGAGUGGUCAGAUGCUGCACACGAUCUUGUCACCAUUUCAAUACAUAUGUAUGAGCGAGCGCCUCAGAUGGUUGGUUCCUCUUUCAGAACAGAAUUGCGUGCAGACCCCUUGUCCCACUGUGCAGCACUAUCUCUUCCAAAGGACGCAUUCACUAUUCUUCCGUUCUUUCAGACUCAAGCAGAACUCGAUGUAAUGGAACAAGAACAAAACCAUACAAGGGACAUACCAUACUCUCCAAGUUUCAUGCUAGACCUCAUCAACAAUGUCGAUGAGCGCAUUUGGAACGUCAUCGAUUUUGUUUUCCUCCCUGGAUACAACAAUCCAACGGUUGCGGUGCUUUGCCAAUCUGAGCAGACGUGGGCUGGUCGUCUCAAGGAGUACCAUGUUACGACAAACGGUCGUGGAUCUGUAACACCUACUAGAGCCCCAGCUCUCCCUACGCCUGCCCCCGCUCUGCUAGACUCCCCGCGCGGUGGUGCGCCGCCUGCGCCUAGAAAGACAGCGGUCUGGACCGCUAUGACCCCGCCCCCUGGCGCUAUGACCCCGCCCCCUGGCGCUAUGACCCCGCCCCUGGCCUAG